GUUCAGUUGUUCAGAUAAACUGCACUCUUCAGGAAGGCACACAGUGCAUCCCCUGUGUGAACGGGACAUUUAUGAACAGACCCAAUGGCCAGAAUAAAUGUAACCCCUGCACCCCCUGUGACCAAGGUAACGGCCUCUUUGCCAAACAGGGCUGCACAGCAGCAACAGACACAGUCUGUGAUGUUGUAAAUGGAUAUUUCUGCAAGGCCUUGAUGGAUGAGUCAGGAUGUAGUUCUGCAGAAAAACAUACGCAGUGUGAACCCGGUCACAGGAUAAAAGCACCUGGAACCAGCAGAACGGACACAGUGUGUGAAAGCUGUCCGUCCGGCUAUUUUUCACUUGAUGGUGUGAAUUGUACAGUUUGGACUCUUUGCUCACAAACCCAAAUAAAGAUCAAAGAAGGAACCAUGACCAGUGAUGUCGUCUGUGAAGAUGCUUCAAGACACCAUUACUUUCUUAUAGCUGCAUUAAUACUAUUCACAUUAACAGGGGCUGGGUUUGGGAUCAAAGGGAUCAAAGAACUCAACCAUCUGACAGAAUGGCUCCAUCUGGAUCUCCAGAAUCCAGCCAGGUUGUGGUGA